GUCACGUUCUCAUAGAAAUUUCCAUAGCCCAGAAAAAACUCAACGACAGCCUAGAUGAAAGUUUCAAGAAAUUCCACAAAGAGAUUAUUUCUGAGCUGGAGAAGAAGACAGAACUGGAUGUCAAGUACAUGAACGCUACUUUGAAGAGAUACCAAAACGAACACCGAUACAAGCUGGAUUCUUUGGAAAAAUCUCAGGCGGAGCUGAAGAAGAUCCGAAGGAAAAGUCAAGGAGGGAGGAAUGCCACAAAAUAUGAGCACAGAGAAACAGAGUAUUUGGAAACGGUGAGCUCCCGCCAGAACGAUAUUCAGAAAUUUAUUGCCGAAGGUUGUAGAGAGGCUCUACUGGAAGAGAAAAAAAGAUUCUGUUUCCUGGUGGACAAGCACUGCAGUUUUGCCCAGCACAUGAAGAAUUACCACAUAUCGUGUACAGACUUAUUGGACGCCAAGCUGCCCAGGUGGCUGGAGACGUGCAGCGAUGCCACCAAAGUACCAGAGAAAAUCAUGACUAUGAUAGAAGAGAUAAAGACACCUGUCUCCACUCCGGUCUCGGGAACUCCGAUGCCUUCGCCGAUGAUUGAGAGGAACAGCAUGGUGGGAAAAGAUUACGACUCACUCCACAGGAAUUCUCCCCGCGUGCCCCCGGCUCCGACCGUCAGAGCCUAUACCAGUCCCUUAGUCGAUAUGUUUAACAACCCGGCAGCUGUUCCAAAGGCAUCAUCGGAGAGAUUAAAUCAUUCAACAAAUCACGUGGACGAUUCCAGUUUAUCACGAUCCACAUCCGUCGCCACGGGCCUCAACAUAAUGAAAAGGCAGAAAGUCAAAACCAUCUUCCCACACACCGCCGGGAGUAACAAAACCUUGCUCAGCUUUGCGCAGGGCGACACCAUCACGCUCCUGGUGUCGGAGGAAAGGGACGGUUGGCUAUACGGAGAACACGACGUGACCAAAGUGAAAGGCUGGUUCCCUUCAUCUUACACAAAGCCAUUCGAAGAGCCAGUGGAAGAGACAGUGCGUGCGCCAGUCCCAAGUCCUGCACCUGUCCGAAGCAUCAGCUCAGUCAACUUGUCGGACAGAGGUGGCGUGGUGCUUCCCCCGCCGGAUUAUCUGUUCUCCGGGCAAACAAGAGCUAGUUCCGAAGCAAGACUGGAACCUUCUAAGACGACAGCUGUGGUUAAAGUGUCAGGAGCCAAACCAGACAGCACAGCUCCCAAGCCUGACAUGAAUGGGAUUGUAAAACCACCUUUCCUAAGCGGAGAAAAUCCCUUUGCCACCGUGAAACUCCGACCAACAGUAACAAACGAUCGAUCGGCACCAAUUCUUCGAUGAGCAACAUGACACUAAUUGUUUUUUACCUCCACCCACCCACCUUUGCGAAUGCCAUUUUCAGCAAUAUGAUUUUUCAG